GUGUGGGACUUGGACGGUUGGGCCUAUCAUGCGAGGGCAAUGUCGGGCUCGGGCCCUGGAUGUGAAUAACAAGCCCGGCCCAAACCGGGGCAGUGCCACCCCUAACCAUGGUCUCUCCAGUAGGUUGAGCAAAAAGGGGCACGUGGGGAAGAAAGGGAGGUGCAGAGAAACGGGAAGACGAGGAAAUAGGCGGGUUUUCAGCAACCUUAUGAAUGGGAUGGGGAUGAUUGGGCGCCAGAGGAAGCUUCUCUCCUCUCCUCUCUUCUCCGACAACGGUGGCCGUCCCCCUCCUCCCACUCGGCUUCCAGAGGGUCCCUUUCCCUUUCUGGCGUUAACAUUCCAUUCUUCCAUCUAAUCACAGGUUGAUGAGGAUGAAGUUUAUUGGACGGGAAAGAGCAAACAUGGAGAACAGGCAUGGGCACAUAAUUUCACUCAUGUGAUAUCACAGUCGGCUCAAUGUUUUAGGUUCGGUGGUUGCAGCUAAUGCUAUGGUUGGAUCACGAUCAUGGAUUGGAGGACUCCUUUACCGGACUAAACGCCAUGGUGAUAAGAUACUUGAUUAUUCCUUGAGCCCUCUUCAGGAACAAAGAUUGCAAAGGCUUCAAGAACGAUUACAAGUACCUUUCGAUGAGACUCGCCCAGACCAUCAGGAAGCUCUUAAAGCCUUGUGGCAUGCAGCCUUUCCAGAUACCGAUCUUAGAGGCAUGAUCUCUGAUCAAUGGAAAGAUAUGGGGUGGCAAGGUCCAAAUCCAUCAACUGACUUUAGGGGCUGUGGGUACAUCUCACUUGAGAAUCUAUUAUUUUUUGCCAGGACUUAUCCGGCUUCUUUUCAAAGGUUAUUGUUCAAACUUGAAGGGAAGCGAGCCACGUGGGAAUACCCAUUUGCUGUUGCAGGCAUCAAUGUUUCAUUUAUGCUUAUUCAGAUGUUGGAUUUGUAUUCAGCAAAACCCAAAUCCUUGCCUGGAGUAAACUUCAUAAAAGUCUUAUCAGAAGAUGAAGCAGCAUUCGAUGUAUUAUACUGUAUAGCGUUUGAAAUGAUGGAUGCUCAGUGGCUUGCUAUGCGUGCUUCGUACAUGCAAUUUAAUGAGGUCUUACAAGUGACGCGGACCCAAUUGGAGAGGGAGCUAUCUUUAGAGGACAUCCAUCGAAUUCAAGAUCUUCCAGCUUACAAUCUCUUGUACCAGUAGCUUUGUUUAAAUUCAGCUGUAUAAUCCUACUCCAGCUCGAUAAGUAAAUCUUAAAUCUUCACCUUUUGCAUACUAGUUCUUGAGAUGAAGAUGAAACAGUUACUAAUACUCGAUGCAGGCUUAAUGGCUGGUGUGAGGAGAGCAUCAAAAGGUUGAAUUUCGCUGUUGAGUAGUGAAACUGGUAGAAAUUAUCAAGCUGCAAGAGGUCCAAAGUCAAAACUGUAUUGGAUAGCUUGCUUCUCACUGCCCUCUUGCUAACCUUUGGUUAGUGAUUAGGAUAUUAUGGCCUUUGCCUAUCCUUGGUGAGUCCAUAUCUAGCCUGUUAAAAUUUUCUGCACACAAGCAUUUGAAUUCCAGGGCAUUCAUCA